AGGGGUCAGAGGAGUCUUAGGGGCUGAACGGGGCAUGAACGGGCUCCUGAGGAGCUGGGGGCACCGAGGGCAGCAGGAGGCUCCUGAGGGGCUGGGGUGGUUGUGGGGGUUUCAGUCGCUGGGACACCCCCAUUCCCACCGGCGGACCCCCCUUCUCUCCCGCAGGCCAUGAGCGGCGCCGGGGGCUCAGAGCGGCCGGAGGAGCGGCAGCGCCUUGUCCUCCCGAUUGCAGCUCUGGGGCACGGAGGUGUCCUGCAGGAGCUGGUGCUCGGAGAAGGGCAGCCCCUGGACCCUGGGAUCAGCGAGGAGCAGCGCCAGGCCCGGGAGGAAUGGGAGGCUCUGGAGGAGAUCCAGUCAGGGUUGGGGGGCACCCCAGGCACGGCUCCCCCUCCGAUUUCCUUCACCGAGGCGCUGCAGCACUUCCAGAGCGCGGAGCUCUCCGCCAGCCGGCAGGGGAAGCUCCGGGCGCCGGGGCGCCGCGGGACCCUGGCUGCCCUGCUCCGCUGCCUCCGCGGGCCCCCCCGGCUCUGCCCGCAGCUCCGGGGAGAGCAGGAGCUGGCGCUGGCCAUGGCACAGUGUGCCCUGGAUGACUCGGAGCGGGUACACAUGCGGAUCCUGCAGACCAUCUACCGGCAGCUGACGCGCUCCAGGCUGGGCUGCCCGCGCUACGGGGCACACUGGGAGGAGCUGGGCUUCCAGGGUGUGGAUCCUGGGACUGACCUGCGUGGGACGGGAAUGCUGGGGCUGAUGCAGAUCCUGUUCUUUGUCCUGGAUUCCCGGACGCUGCCGCUGGCACGGGAGAUUUUCCAGCUCUCCCAGCAUGAAACCCAGAAUUUUCCUUUCUGCAUCAUGUCCGUGAACAUCACCCGGAUCGUCAUCCAGGCGCUGCAGGAGGAGCGGCUCUCCCGGGAGUGCAACCGGCGGCAGCAGGUGAUCGGGGUGCUGAACGACCUGCAUGCCGCCGCCUUCCUGCGCCUCUCCCGCCUCUGGGAGCAGCAGCACGGCACCGUGGCCGAUGCCGGCUUCUUCCUCAAGGAGCUGGAAUUAUCCACCAAAAAGAAGCCAAGGCAGCUGCUGAAAUCCCUGGAAGCCUACCUGAGCCGUAGCCUUCGGCCUCCCUCUUCUCCCUCCUCCCAGAUCCACUUCACCAGCAUCUGUGACCCUGGGGUGGAACUGGAGGGAGAUUCCUGACUGGUCUGACAUGAAGUGGGACGCUGCACUGGGAAUUCUGCUGGUGGAUCAGCCCUUGGAGGGAGACACACCAGUGUUCCCCCUGGUUUGGGGGGUGCAGGAAGGAGCUGGAAUUUUGCCUGCUCCAGGUGGAACUUUCUGGAAGCAAAGGAGGAGGAGGUGGUGGAAAAGGGGAUUCCAUGAGCCACCCAACCUGGUGCUGGGAUAGUCACUCUCCCCACCCCAAAUCCAGGGUCCCACCUGGGUCCUUACUCUCCCCAGGUGGAGCUGGAAGGUGGUGCUGGGUUCCUGGAUCCCAUCCUGGCCCCAGCAGCGCCUGGAAUGGGAAUCCACCCACUCUGGGGGGCUGUGUCAGACCCCCCAGGGUCACUGUGGGCUGUCAGCACCCACAAAAGUUCUUAAAGAGGGGAGAUGAGGGAUCUGGUGGGAAAGAGAGUUUUGGAUUUGCCACUGGACUCUGUAUCUGGGGGAAGGAAAGGCGAACUGGGGUGCCCAGAGUCCUCUUUGGGGUGAAAAAGGUGCUGUGGAGGAGAGAGGCAAGGGUUGAGAGCUCCCAGGAGGAGGGGAAGGGUUAUUCCCUCUGGGAGCAGCUCGGGGCCAGUGCUUGGGAAUGUCCCCAGGCCCCCAAAAAUGGGGAAAAGUAGCCCCCAAAGCACAAAUCUGGAGAGAAAUGAGGGGUUUGGAGAAGUGGGAGCUGGGGGGAGAAUGGAAUGUUGUGGCCCCAGCCCCCCUGAGAGAGCGAUGAUUCCUGAGAGCUGGGAAUGCUCCUGGAUGGAAAAAAAAAAAUAAAAUAAAUGGAGAAAAAGGAGCCUGGAUUUGGGGUUUGCUCUCCUGAUCUUGAGUUAUUGUGGAAAUUGAAAGGGGAAUCCUUUUCAGGUGUUUUGGGGGAACAAAGAUGUGGUGGGGGGUCAGUCUUGCACCUGUGGGAACACAUUUGGGAGUGGUAUCUGAGAUAAGGGGGGGGGGGAUAGAAAAGGAAAAAGGGAAAAAGGAUGGUAUAAAAGGAGAAUAAAAGCAAA